AUGCGACUCUACUACGUAUUUUGCCUGAUGGCACUAAUCAACCCCAUUAUCGCCCUACCCAUCCCGGACCCCCUGCGUAAACGCGCUCCGACGUGGGAUGAUAUAACGGAAUACUACAUUUCGGAGCGGGACUUCGAUCUCACUGGUCUUCCUAAUGGCGAGAUGCUUUUGCGUCGAGAUCUUGAAGCAAGUUUCUUGGCGGAUGAGGAUAUCAAUACCCGCAGCCCCGAUGAGGAUGACGAUACCUCACUGAGCAAACGAACAAGCGUCAAGGAGAAAUUCAAACGAUUUGGAGAGAAGGUGAAGCAGGGCUUCCACAAGUUUGGACAGAAGGUGAAGCAGGGCUUCAAGAAGGUUGGAGAGAAGUUGAAGGAGGGCUUCAAGAAGGUUGGACAGGGCUUCAAGAAGUUUGGGCAGGGUGUCGCGAAGGUAGCGAAGAAGGUUGUGAAAUGGGUCAAGACAACGGCCGGAAAGAUCAUCAUGACGGUUGUCGAUGUGGCCUUGACCAUAGCCGGAGCCAUCUUACCGCCACUCGAAGCUGUCGCAGGAGUUUUCACUGCCGCCAGAGUUGCCUCGGGAGCUGCCAAACUUGGCAAACUCGUCAAAGGCGCCGCAAAUGUGGGCAAAGCCGCCGGCAAGACUGUCGGCAAAGGUGUCAAGAUGGCCAAGGAGACCGCCUCAGCCGCCAAAGACAGCGUCAAGGCGGCGGGGCAAACCGCGAAGAACGUCGGCAAAAAAGCCACCGAGAAGCUCAGCAAAAAACAAGCCAAAAAACAAGCCAAAGACCAAGCCAAAGACCAAGCCAAAGACCAAACCAAAGAUGCCGCCACGGACAACGCUUCAUCGAACAACGGGAAUUCGAACACACCGCCUGCAGCGGCACCCGCAGCGGCAGCGGCGGCAGAUGGGGGGGGGAAGAAGAAGAAGAAGAAGCACUAAGUCCAUGUAUGGCUUAGUCCGUUCAGGUGAAUUGGAAUGCGGAGUGGCCAUGGAUAUGGAUGUAGCUAUAUAGC